AAAGCAACCAGCCUGGAGAAACUUGUUCAAAAUAUCAAAGAUACUAUAAUCACACCAAUUGUUAAAGCCUUUCCAAGAUUGAAAAAAAAAUCACAAAAAACAGUUGGUUUCGCUACCUUGUUUCUUAUUCAUGGGUUGAAUAGUUUAAUCCUGUUUCUACACCAACACAAUGUUAUUCCUACAUCAGAUGAUCAUUAUGUUAAACUGCUCUGGGAUUCCAAAGAAGAAGCUUACAUUCCAGAUGAGACUUGGAGUGGUUUGCCUAUCUUGAAGAAAAACCGACGCCUGAGGUUCUGCAUGGAUCUACUUGCUGUCCACAGAGUACGAUGUUUGCUCCUAAAACAAGACUUUGAUCAGAACGAAUUUGAUCACUUGAUUAACUGUCUCUACAGCUUCCAAGAUCCUCAAACAAUACCAGAACUUUCCUUUGUUUCUUGGAACUUUAAUCCAAGUUGUGUAAACAAUGUGAACUAUCCUGUUGCCCAUUGGAGUCUAGUAUCCCAGUACGCAGCUUUGCUGAUCCCAUAUUGCAGUGGAAAUCAGCUACAAAAGUUUGCUGAGUUCAUGGUUGGUACGCUUGUCCUUCAAGACGACCAAAUUACAACAGACAAUUUGGUAAACCUACAUCAAGUUUCAGAAAACAUUCUGAAGGAUGGUGAACUGCUUUCUUUGUCAUCAUUACAAGCAGCUGUUGUGAAGCAGUUUUGGAAAUUGCUGGGUGAAUGCGUGGGCCAACUGGAUGAUGAUAGGUUGACAGGCGUUUUUACUUGGGAGGUCAAGACGGGACAAGGUCAAGACGGGACACAUGAACCUGAUGAAGCUAAUUUACAGUCUGGGAAGAUAGACACGAAUAUAGCCAUUUCACUGGCACAAGCGAUUGCCAAGGUUAUGAAUGAGCCUCAAAAGAGAGCAAGAAAACAGUCGAAGAGGAAACGCAUUGGGGAUCUGAGCACGGUGGUCCAUCUUGUGAAAGUGUUGCAACGUUUACCAUGUUAUAAAUUUACACCAAGUAAUAAAGUUCGUUGUAUUCUUGGUUCUCUGGCCUGCGAUGUUCUGAUAGGGAAAGCUGGUCUGGAUGAAAAGACUGGUCCUGCUCAACGCUUGGCUGCACAGUUAUCUUGCCGGGAAAUUGUUUCAACCCUAAUCCAAAGUUUGCUUCAACAACGGGAAUUCUCAGCAUGGCAAGUGAUUGAUAUGGCAUCCCUACUGCAUUGGCUUUAUCACACAAUUCCCAAACGGAAUUCUGCCAAAACUUCACCAAGCAACCUCCAAAGCAAAUUCAUGAAUACUUCUAAGGAAUUGCUCAGGCUUGCAGUGAUCCUCGGUAUGAAAUCGCACAGCAAGGCAAGCCUAGCAGCUGUUGUUGAUUUCAGUGAGGAACUAGUUACUUCACUGACAAAUUCAGCCAAGAACACAAACCCAGAAAUUGUGCGAUGUGUUGAAGUACUUGUUAUCAUAGUCUCCGCUUGCAUAGAAUUUUUGGAUCAGAAAGGAAAAAAGACCUCUUCACUGAGGGCAGGAUGGUCUAUAAUUUCCAAAACUGCAGUUAGUCUGACAAGUUUUACCAAAGACACUCUAGAAGAGAAUGCUGUCUCUCACCAACAAGAGGAAAGCUAUGUCGAGCUGGAAAAUAAUGUUAUGAGACUUAGUGCAAUCCUAACACGUGCGAUGGGACUGAUCCCUGAGUCAGAGUUAUCGAAGAAUGAGGAGUUAAAAAAUGCCUUUGCAGAAUGGAAUGAGAUUGUUUCUAUGUUAGUGUUCAAGACUUCGAAAAAGAUGGAAGACGUGACUAAUUCAGUCAGUGAACUGGAUUUCAGCAAUGAAACUGCGACUCUCAUUACUGUCUUAACGGAUGUGUUCAUGGGUGGUCAAGAUCAUUGCAAUUCCAUACCUGACGAGUUGCGUACCCAAAUUCUCAAAAAGUGUUUGGGAAUUCUUAGAAAAAUUGGAUUUCCGGUUGAAAAAGAGGAAAAUGAGAACAAUACUGAAAGUAUUGAGGAAUCAAGAAAACUUCAAAAGGCUGUAAUUGGAUUGGUUGCAGGCUUGCUUGAAGAAGAUGGGGGAAGGAAUUGUAUCACGGUGCUGGAAGGGGUCCUUGAAUGGAGCGUAGAAGAGAGUGAUGCAGGUGAAGAUGCGUUGGUAACUCUUCUGACUGGCCUAUCCGUCUUCAAAGAAUUGGUUGCAAUGAAAGUGGUAAAGCAGAACAAGAAAAAGCUUCGUUCAAUCACGGGAAAGAUCAUGAUAACAUUGUUAGGCAGAGCAGCGAUCAACAUCGAGAUUUUGAUAGUAGUUCUAGAAAAUGUCGCCGCACUUGUCACAAUUGGCGGUGGAGUGUUCAACCCUCACGACCUCGCUUUGGUGUUCCAAGCAUUAGCUCUCAAUGUUGAGGUGACAAAUAUCGGGUUCUUCUCCCGUAUUUUUAUGGCCAGGUUUGCCAUUUUGAGUUGGAUGUUGUUCUAUUAUCCGGAUUAUGUAUACGGAACAGUGCACGUGUUCCUCCCUUGUGUUCGAGAAUUACUUAACAGUCUUCUCAGUCAGGGUGCGAGGAUAUCCAACGGAAAAAUUGAGUCAGAAGAAGGAGCGAUAUUGUUGAGUUGUGCACACAAGAUGUCCCGUCUCUAUCAAGAAAUGACGUCCCAUAAGAACAUACUUUCUAAAUACUCGAUAUAUUUCCUCGCUGACUGUGUUCACGUGAUGUCCACGCAGGGCAUACCGGGAAUGAUGCGUGAUGUUCUGGUGCAAGGUGUCCAUUUCUUGUUUGAUAUUUGCAACGACGAUGGUCUUACGAAGCUUCACGUUUAUCUGCCGAGCAACGAACGAGAGCUGUUCCGAUCCUUAAAAGAAGACUACGUGAAACAUCACAAGUUCAAGGGAAAUGCGUAA